AUGGCGGAGACAGAGGCUAUGGACAUGGCUGAACCCAUGUCUCCCGGGGAGGCGGCUAAAAACGGCGCCGGGUCUGCCGACCGCCAUGACCUGUUGCAACACAGUCGCGAGUUCUUGGAUUUCUUCUGGGACAUCGCAAAGCCAGAGCAGGAGACGCGGCUGAAGGCCACGGAGAAGCUGCUGGAGUACCUGCGCACUCGGCCGAAGGAAUCCGAGAUGAAAUAUGCUCUGAAGCGCCUGAUCACUGGGCUCGGGGGCGGCCGAGAGACUGCCCGACCCUGUUACAGCCUGGCCCUUGCACAGGUGUUACAGUCUUUCGAAGAGAUUCCUUUAUGUAGCAUCCUGGAGCAAAUACAAGAGAAGUAUGAUCUGCAGAACGUGAAGAAGGCCAUGGUGAGGCCUGCUCUCUUCGCACACCUGUUUGGAGUGUUGGCCCUCUUUCAGUCAGGUCGGCUCGUGAAGAACCAGGAGGCACUGAUGAAGUCUAUAAAGCUGCUGCAGAUCCUGGCCCAGCACCGCAACCACUUACAGGAGCAGCCCCAGAAGGCCCUGGUGGACAUCCUCUCUGAGGUCCCAGAGGCCGUGCUGAAGGAGGUCCUGCCAGAGGUCCUCAAGGCUGACUUGAGUGUGGUGCUCGGCUCCCCGGAGUACGUGGAGCUCUUCUUGUUAGCCCGGCAGAAGGUGCCUGCGAAGCUGAAGAAGCUAUUUGGAGCCGUUGAUCUCUUUUCAAAUGAGAACAUUCCCAGGCUAGUAGAGGUGCUGAAGAUAGCGUCUGCCUCUGUGAAGAAGGAACGCAAACUGCCCGCUGUGGCUCUGGGCCUGUUGCGCCUGGCGCUUGAGGAGAAAAAGUUCCCUCGGUUCUGGAAUGAGGUCGUGGAGCAAGGGCUGCUGAAGAAGCAAUUCCUGCCAGCCAGCUACCUGUGUUUCCGCCUGCUGGGUGCAGCCCUGCCCCUGCUUUCCAAGGAGCAGCUACAGCUGGUGAUGCGGGGAGACCUGAUCCACCUGUACGGGGAACACCUGGUCACUGCUAAGCUCCCGAACCAGUUCAAGUUUGCCCCUGAGAUGGACGAGUAUGUGGGCGCCUUCCUGGAGGGCUGUCAGGAUGACCCAGAGAGGCAGCUGGCCAUGGUUGUGGCCUUCUCCUCCAUCACCAACCAGGGCCACCCCGUCGUGCCCACCUUCUGGCGGGUCGUGCAGUUCCUGAAUCCCCGCGCCCUCAAGGAUUACGUGGCCUGGCUGAAGGACAUGUUUCUCCAGCCCAACCUGGACUCUUUGGUUGACUUCAGCACCAGCAACCAGAAGAAAAACCAGGAUCCUUCGUUCCAUUCGCCCGAGCGGGCUGUGUUCCGACUUCGGAAGUGGAUCAUCCUUCGCCUGGUCAGCAUUGUGGAGAAUACUCACGUGGAAAAAGAGGAGGCCUUGGUCCAAGAGGUGGCCAGGUUCUGCUUGUUUCAUUCAUUUUUUGAAACCAAGAAGCCCACGUCCCAGAUUCCAGAGACCAAGCAGCAGCCCUCCGUCCCCUUGGAGAGCCGAAUCCGCGAGGUGGUCUGCAGUGCCUUCUUCAGUCUGCUGCAGGCCCUCAGCACCCAUUUUAAGCCAGUACCGGGCCAGACCCCAGAUGGGCAGCCCUGGACCUACCGCCUGGUGCAGUUUGCAGACCUGCUGUUGAAACAAAACCGCAACGUGGCCGCUGUGACACCCCUCACUGCAGAGCAGCACCAGGCCUGGGACCGGAUGCUGGAGACGCUGAAGGAGAUGGAGGGCCGCUCCAAGGAGGUCAAGGCCAGGGCCUUCCAUCACCUGCUCCUCCUGGUGGGCAUCCACCUCUUCAAGUCCCCCUCAGAGAGUUGUGACCUCCUGGGCGACAUCCAGACCUGCAUCAAGAAGAGUCUGGAGGAAAAGCCCCACCGGACCCGCUCCAAGGCCACAGAGCCCCAGGAGCCACCGUGGGUCGAGGUGCUGGUGGAGAUCCUGCUGUCCUUGCUGGCCCAGCCCAGCCACCUGAUGCGCCAGGUGGCGCGGACUGUGUUUGGUCAUGUCUGCUCUCACCUGACGCCACGUGCCCUGCACUUAAUUCUAGAUGUGCUGAACCCUGAGAAGAGCCAGGAAGAAGAUGACAGCGUGAUGGUCACAGAUGACUCUGAUGAGAAGCAGCUGGAAAUGAAGAUGGAAAAGGACGAGGACCAGGACUCAGACAACUCAGACAGUGAGGAGGAGGAGGAGAGCGAUGGCGAGGAGAGUGACGAGGAGGCGCUGGACGGGGACGUGGACCAGGGCUUCCGGGAGCAGCUGAUGGCUGUGUUGCAGAAGGGGAAGGCGCUGGGCGGAGUGGACAGUGAUGACGACGAGGAGCUGGGGGACGAGGCCAUGAUGGCCCUGGACCAGAACCUCGCCAGCCUCUUCGCCGAGCAGAAGCUGCGCAUCCAGGCCAAGAAGGACGAGAAGGACAAGCUGCAGAAGGAGAAGGCGCUCCGGCGAGGCUUCCAGAUCAGGGUGCUGGACCUGGUCGAGGUGCUGGUGACAAAGCAGCCUGAGAAUCCCCUGGUCCUGGAGCUUCUCGAGCCGCUGCUGACCAUCAUCCGGCGCAGCAUGCGUAGCAGCAGCUCCAAGCAGGAGCAGGACUUCCUGCACAAGACGGCCCGCAUUUUCACGCACGACCUCUGCCGCGCCAGGCAUUACUGUCAUGACGUCGGCAACCACGUGGAGGCGCUGCACGCACAGGUAGAGCGGCUGGUGGAGCAGGCUGGCCGCCAGGCCGACUCCUCCAUCGCCCUCUACUACUUCAACGCCUCCCUCUACCUGCUCCGGGUAUUGAAAGGCAACACCCCCAGUGAACCACCUCCCAAGACCCCAAAGAAGCAGAAAGCCAAGGCUAAGGCCCCAGAGGCUACCAGCUGUUUGGAUGUGAACCGUGUGGCCCAGGUCUACUCCUCAGCACUGAGCUCCUUCCUGACCAAGCGCAACAGUCCACUGACCGUCCCCAUGUUCCUCAGCCUCUUCUGCCGGCACCCGGUCCUGUGUAAGAGCCUGCUCCCUGUCAUGGUCCAGCAUGUGACAAGCCCAGCACAGCCUCGCCAGCAGGCCUGCCAGCUGCUCCAGAAGGCCCUGUCCAUGGGAGAGCUGAAGCGCUGCUUUGAGGGCUCCGAGUGGGAACAGCUCAUCAGCCAGGUCCUCGCAAAGGUCACGGAGAACAUGCGGACUCUGGGGACAGCGCAGGCCAAGCUGGAGCAGCAGAGGGAGCUGUCCUCGUUAGAGCUGCUCAUCAUACUCCUCAAAACCGUCCACCUGCAGAAGCUGACCGUGGACCUGACCGGCAUACUGGGGCUGCUGCAGGGCCUCCAGCCGAGCCUGCAGCAGAGCCUGCAGCAGGGGCCGCACGCAGCCGGGUCCAGCCGCCUGUAUGACCUCUACUGGCAGGCCAUGAAGUUCCUGGGAGUGCAACGCCCCAAGUCAGAAAAGAAGGAUGCCAAGGAAACCCCCAGUGGUUCCCAGAAUCCCGUUAGCUUGAAGCGGAAGAAAAAGGGAUUCUUGCCAGAGACUAAGAAGCGCAAGAAACGCAAACCAGAAGAUGCUGCUGGAGAAGAUGCCAAGCCAGCAGCCGCCAGUGAAAACCAGCCCCCCAGCUCCGGCAAGAAGAAGCGGCGGCACAGGAAGCCAGCCAAGGCCUCCGCCCAGUCACAGUCCAACGGGGAGCCUGGCACCCAGAGUCCUACCCCCAGUACCCCUGUCACAAACCCCAGCGCCUCUGCCAGCCCCACCAAAAGCCCCAGUGCCCCUGCCAAGACCCCCAAGCUUCAGAAGAAGCAGCGGAAGCUCUCCCAGGUGAAUGGAGCUCCUCCUGCAGAGUCUGCUGGCAAAAGGCCCCAGAAGGGGCUCUCGGGUGAGUUGCCACAGCUCACCCCACCCCAGAAAAAGGCAAAGCUGGCUUUGGCCAAUGGGAGCCCCAGCCUCCUCCAGGGUGAGGCGAAGAAGAAGAAGAAGAAGGCACAGCUGAAGAAAGCAGGGAAACCCUAA